UACGCAAUGAAAAUGGGAGAUUGUAGACUAGAUAUACGUAUAAUAAUAAAUAAAUGAAUUUAUCUAAAGUUUCUUUAAAUACGAUUCGCACUCUGCAUCGUAUAAUUUAAUAUAAAGUGAGUAAUCCGGAGUAAUCCUUCUUCUGCAAUGCACCGACAAGAACUGAAACCUUUUUUUUUUAUGAAGGAAAAAAGUCAUGAUUGCGUUUGCGCAAAACAAUUUUCAAUAUAUGUUUUAAAAGAAUACUUCAAUAUAAGCAUAUUAAAGUAAUUUUAGCUAAUUUACUUUCGCCUAUACCAUGAAUGUAUUAUCUUUUCCUGUUAAAAAACUAUAACCAUCAUUUUAGUAUAACUAUGUGCUAUAAUAUCAUUUACAAUUCAUGAGCAAUUUUGAAAAAAAUAAUGUUAGAAUUCAAUACAACACUAUGUCAGAUGUAUCGCAGUUUUCGUAUAAGAUGCACGCGUUAGAAUGCAAGAUCAAUCGAGUAAUUCUUAAAAUAAUUGGUUUAUGGCCUUAUCAACAAUCAUAUUUUGCGAGAAUACAAAAAAUUUUUUGUAUCAGCAUUCUUUCCUCAAUUACACUUGUCCAGUUAUUUGUAUUCAUCACAACGCAGUAUAGUACGAAUCUCCUCUUCAAGAUUCUUUCACUUGUUUUACCUACUCUUUUUGUCAUUGUGCUAUAUUGCAUUUUUAUUAUACGAGCAGAUACUAUGAAGCAAAUGAUAGAGCACUACCGAGAGAAUUGGAAAAUGUUAAAAGAUAAACUGGAAAUUGGUAUUAUAGAAGAAUAUUCUUAUAUUGCGAGAUAUUGCACAUUGUUUCUUUUCGGCUUGUGCUGUUUUGGAAUAAUCAUAUACAUAACAUUACAAGUUUUACCACCAAUCCUUGAUAUUGUGUUUCCAUUGAAUGAAUCACGUUGUCGUCGACCUAUCAUCGUCACGGAAUAUUUUGUCAACCAAGAAAAAUAUAUAUACGUUAUAUUGUUGCAUUAUAUAUUAGCCCUACUCAUAGCAGGAUUGGUAUGUUGUAGCGUCAGUAUGACAAUGUUGACUUACCUUCUCCAGACAUGUGCGCUGCUUACUAUUGCUAGCUAUCGUAUAGAGAACGCGAUUGGAAGGAAUAUCUUAGCAAUUUCUAGUCCUACGAGAGAAUAUCUUCUUUUUCAGAAGAUGGUACAUGCGAUUACUAUACAUCAAAGGGCCAUCGAGUUUACUAAAUUUUUUACAUCUGAAUUUAUGACAUUUUUGGCUAUUCUGAUCGUAAUUGGCGUCAGCUCUUUAAGUUUAAAUCUUCUUCAAUUUCUUCGAAUGAUAAAAAUGAAUACAAAUGAUAUUAUGGAGAUAAUAAUAGUAAUUAUUAUAAUCAUUAUUCAUUUGAUUUAUAUGUUCAUGGCCAAUUACGCAGGACAAAUAAUAAUAAAUCAUGGAAUAAAGAUGUUUAAAGCAACUUAUAAUGGAAUGUGGUAUGCAGCACCAUUACAUACGCAAAAAUUAUUCUUAUUUAUAAUGCAAAAAGUAAUGGCAAACCUCAGUUUGGGAUAUGGAAACGUAUUCAUUGCUUCCUUGGAAGGUUUUGCUACGCUCGCGAAUAUGGCACUAUCCUAUUUAACAGUGAUUUAUUCUACGACAGUAUCACGAAAAUAAUUAUAAAGAUUAAUUAUUAUUUAUCCAAACAGAUUUUUAAAUUAACAUACGAUUAUUGUAGUCAACAAGCAUACAUACGCGCAUAAAUACAUAUCUGCAAUUUCUGAAAUUUAAUACAUAAACAUACUUCUAUUAUACUUUCAUACUUUUAUUAUCAAACAAUAUUAAUAAAUAAGCACGUUUUCAAAAAAUUUAUAGAAGCCUAAUAGAGUUUAAAAGCAAGUUAUUGAUAAUCAAACAUCGAAACAGUACCUUUUAAUUUUGGCUGUUAAAUAA